AUGGAAGAGAUAAGUGUGGUAAGAGAUUUUUCUGAUGUCUUUUCGGAAGACCUCACACGGUUACCACCGGAUCGAGAGACAGAAUUUAUGAUUGAUCUGAUACCCGGUGGUGCUCUAGUAUCCAAGGCAUCGUACAGAAUGGCCCCAUCAGAACUAAAAGAACUUCAGGGACAGCUUAAUGACCUAUUAAAGAAAGUUUACUCUAAGAGAGAAGAAGAGCACGCUGACCAUCUUCGAUUUGAACUUCAGCGCUUGAGAGAAAAGCAGUUAUAUGCUAAGUUUAGCAAGUGUGGAUUCUGGCUUCAACAAGUGGCUUUUCUAGGCCAUUUGGUUUCUACGAAGGGUAUUGAAGUUGACCCAGGCAAGGUACAAUCGGUAGUUGACUGGGAGACACCUAAGAAUGUAGCAGACAUUCGUAGUUUUCUCGGCUUGGCCGGUUACUAUAGGAGAUUCAUCAAAAACUUUUCAAAAAUCUCUGCUCCUAUGACUCGAUUGACCCAAAAGGGAGUAAAAUUCGAGUGGUCGGACGAAUAUGAAAAGAAUUUCCAGGACCUGAAGCAACGGUUGAUUUCGGCUUCGGUGCUUACAAUACCAAAUGGUACUGGGGGAAUGGUAGUCUACUGUGAUGCGUCGAAGAUGGGACUUGGGUGUGUGUUAAUGCAAGGUGAUAAAGUGGUGGCCUAA